CUCUUCGAGGUUCAUUCUAUUGUCUAAUUGCGUGGAGUCUUCGAUGACGUGAGACGUUUUAGGUUAGGUGUCACGAAUCUCGUGGUCCCUGUAUUUAUUAUGCAGUGAUUUUUUUUUCGGAGGCUAAAAUAUUCGAUUAUAAUGGUGGAACUCCUAAAAAAGCGCAAAGUCUCGAAAAAGACAAAAAAGUCCUGGCGCAAAAAUGUCGAUGUCAAGGAUGUCGACAAGUUCCUGGAGAACAAACGCCUCGAGGAACGUCUCGGUGCGCCAUUUUCCGAAAGACCAGACUCGGCACUUUUUUCCGUCGAUACAAGCCGUGACGAAACGCUCCUCACGACCAAAUCAGAGAGGCGAGCUCGUCUCAGGUUGAAAUUGAAAGAUCCGCGAUGCUUUUCCGUCCUGAAACCACACACGGCAGUUCCGGAUCCAAUAACGAAGAGAAAUCGCGUGAGGACUCGGGAGGAGCGUAAAAAUCCGAUCACGAGACGAGUCGAGAACGAGAGGAAGAUAAAUGGAAUUCUGAAGCUGAAAGAGAAGGGUGCCUUGAAAAACAGAGAUUUAGCCGACGAGAAAAGAGCGAAGAGGCCCAGGCGUGGAGAAUUUAAUGAUGAUAUCUGGGAAAAGGAUUUAAGGAUUGUUCCGGAAUUGGAUAAUGAGUGGUACACUACGGACACUGUGAGGCACGUUUUGGCCAAUACGGGAAGGAAGAGGAAGAGAGCCCCGAUGACCUUGGUUAAAAAAUCGUCGGUCCUUCCGGCUGUGGAAAUUCCACAUCCGGGAACAUCCUACAAUCCUUCUUUUUCUGAUCAUCAAGAUUUACUCAGGGAAGUUGCUGAGAAGCAGUUGAAGUUUGAAAAGGAGGAGGCGCACUUGGAGAGGGUCACUACAAAAAUGUUCAAGAAGGUUUCCCCAGCAGAAAAAGAGAAGAACACCCUGAAGGAAUUGUCGGAAGGACUGCCCCUAAAACCAGAGGACAAAAUCAAAAAUUCCGAGGUUGAGGAUGGCGACUCAACUGUAAAAUCCGUGAAUCCGCCAGCGAAAAAUGAGAAAAAAACUCUCCAGAAGCGACGAAAGCAGAAGGAGCAACGGCAAUUGGCGUUCCAGCGGCGGGAACAAAAAGUCGAGAAGAAAAAACGAGCCGAUCUCUACAAGCUGAAACUGCUCGAGAAGCAGAUGCAGAAGAAGGAGUCGAAGGAGAAGAAGCUGCGGGAGAUGCGCGAGAAAAAUAAGGAGAGGAAAUCUGUCGAGCCGAAAAUCUUGAGCAAAGUGAAAUUUGAAGCGGCAGAGCCAGAUUUCCAACUGGGCGGGGAACUCACUGGCAGUUUGAGAAAUUCACAACCUACGGGAAAUAUUCUGAAGGAUCGAUUUAAAUCGCUGCAACAGAGAAACAUUGUCGCACCCGGACAUCGCGUUUUGACUGAAACUAUUUUCCCGAUUGAUGUCGCUUAUCAAAUUGGAGAUUUAGGAUUCGAUCCUCCUCACUUAGAAUCAGAAAUCAAAUCUCUAAAUAAAACUCAAGCCUCUUUACUGAGCGGACUUGAAUUUCUCAAAGAAUUUCAAAAGAAAAAUCCAGAAAUAAUCAUUGAACCUGUAAAGUCAAUCGAAAAUUUGGGAUCUUUUCAAGAUUCGGAAGUUACCAUUAGCGAGGAAGAAGAAAAGGCGGAAAUCGAAAAUCAAGAAGAGACGAAAAAGGCCCUUUCAGAAAACGAAAUAGAAACCGACGCCGAAAAAGAAAACGAAGAGUUUUAA